AUGCCCCUCUUCACCAUACACAGCCAGCGGAUCAGUUGGACUCCCCUCCUGUUGGUGGGGUAUCUCUUUUACCUCCUCCUGGGUGCUACAGUGUUCCAGCUGCUGGAGAUGCAGGCAGAAAGUCACUUUCGGGACCAGUUCCAGCUGGAGAAGCUCAGGUUCCUGCAGAACUACUCAUGCUUGGACAGACAAGCCCUGGAGCAGUUUGUACAGGUCCUCUUGGAAGCAUGGGAGAAAGGGGUCAACCCAGAAGGAAACUCUACAAAUCCCAGUAACUGGGACUUCAGCAACUCCUUCUUUUUUGCAGGAACUGUUGUCACCACUAUAGGUUAUGGUAACCUGUCACCCAGCACAGUGGCAGGGCAGACCUUCUGUGUGUUUUAUGCCUUAUUCGGAGUGCCCCUUAACCUGGCCUUCCUUAAUCAGUUAGGGAAAGGCCUCAACUGUCAUCUGAUUACCCUGGAAAGAUGGGUGCACAGGCCAGGCCGUGCUCAGGUGGUUCAAACACUAGCAGUAGCCGUCUUCCUGAUCACUGGGACCUUGCUUUUUCUAGUGUUCCCACCACUGCUAUUCAGUUAUGUAGAAGGCUGGAGCUACGGAGAAGGUUUUUACUUUACCUUCAUCACCCUGAGCACCAUUGGAUUUGGGGACUAUGUAGUAGGUACAAACCCCAACAAGCACUAUAUCCCAGUGUACAGGAGCCUCACUGCAAUUUGGAUUGUUUUUGGCUUGGCCUGGCUGGCUCUGGUCUUCAAUGUGGGAGCUGACAUGAUGGAAAAAUUCCUUCAGCUAAAGUGGCACAAGUCUAACUUAAGCUUGGCAGAAGGAGCUACCAUCAAAUUGGAAGAUGAACCCGAGCAGCCUAGAAUCCACAUCCCUGGCUGAGCAAGGUACACAGGAAGCAGUCUUCAAAGCAUAUCUUACAUCUACAUCUCACACUAAGCAAGCCCUGUGGAUAAAGGACCAUACCACAGGUUGUGGGCUG